AUGAAAUGGACAGAUGCCAUAAGCGGCUUUUAUUCGUUUUUAUCUUCCCGAGCGGUCCGGGUCUCUCCCUCUAUCCACUCCCUCAACGUGGACCCCCACACUACUCCACUAGCUUCUUCUUCCCUCUUCCUCCUCGCGGACACCGCCGCCGGCGGCGGCUACUCCCCGGCCAGCUACUACACUUCCUUGGGCCUCUUCGUCAUCUCCGUUCCAGGCCUUUGGUCCCUCAUCAAGCGCCCUGUCAAAUCCAAGAUAGUGAAGAAGACGUUGGUGAUGGCGGAGGAAGGAGAAGGGAAGAAGAAGGCGCCGAAUCUGGUUGCCGGAGAAAUCUUAUCCUUCUUCACCCGAAACAAUUUUGUGGUGGCUGAUAGAGGAGACGCCAUCACGGCUGUGCGGCCCGAAGGAGGGACUUAAUUUGGUCGGCUCUCCAGAUAAGUCACUAUACUCUACAUUACCUCAGUCUGGCCAAACUACAUACU